UAAUUUGGAUAUCCAGGGUUGGUGCCAGAACGAGUGGGGCCCGGUUUCCUUCCACACCAGGCCGCGCACUCGACCUUUAUAGUGCUGGAUUAGUUCAAGCCACAUCAUGUCGCAACUAACGCGCGAAGUAGCGAGGAAUGCGCUCAUGCAAGCGGACAACUUCUACAUUUCCGGGCGUGCUUUUGCAGAAAGCGAGGGCUCAAUAUGCUCUUACUCAAUAGACAGCGACGUCGAAUCGGGGCAGGACUUCGGCGAUGCGUCUGAGGCCGCGCCGCUGGUUGGCGUGAAAGGCGCCAUGGCUGCGGAGGAACCAUCUUCGUCUCGUGUGGUCGACCCAUUCGCGCGCAAGGUUCGCAUCGGUAUCAACGCGUCAUGGGUGGUCAACAUCUUGCUGCUCAUCGCGAAGACGACGGUGUUCGUGUUGUCGGGCUCUUAUGCUGUCCUGGCAUCGGCGGUGGACUCCCUGGUGGACCUGCUCAGUCAGGUGGUGCUGGCGGUGGCGGAGUACCAGGCGGCAACCUAUGACCGGCGCUUCCCCAUCGGCCGCACCCGCAUGGCUGAGCUGUCGGUGCUGGCGUGUGCCGCCAUCAUGUUCGUGUCCACGUCACUGGUCAUUCGGGAGGCGGUAGAUGGACUGUGGGACGGCUUCCACGGUGAGAAGCCGCCCCUGGACGCGGACGCAGUGCUGUUUGCGGUCCUGGGGGGCGCCACGGCCUGCAAACUGGGGCUUUACCUCUACUGCGUUGCCCUAAAGAGGAACCCAAUUAUGGUGGCGCUGUCGGAGGACCACCUGAACGACGUGCAAUCCAACUUGGCAGCCAUCUGCGGGGCAGCGCUUGCGGCUCAUGUUCCUCAGUUUUGGUAUGCGGACCCCAUUGUCGCCGUCGUGUUUUCAGUACUCAUCAUCAAGAGCUGGAUGGGCAUCUGCUGGGAGCAGGGCCAGAAGAUGAUUGGGCUGGGCGCGCCGGAUGACCUGGUACGGGAGGUCAUCCAGCUGGGGGCGGAACACCACCCCAACAUGCAGCUGGACCGCGUGACUGCUUACCACCACGGAUCCAACAUGGUCGUGGAGGUGGAGGUGCUGCUGCCGCCCGACAUGUGUGUGCGGGAGUCGCACGACAUUGCGCAGGAGCUGCAGCACAAGAUUGAGGCUCUGGACAGUGUGGAGCGGGCGUACGUGCAUGUGGACUGGACGUCCAGGUCCCUGCACCGGCACAAGGUGGAGCGCAACCUCAAGCUGGGUGUGCGCGACGUGAUGAAGCCACUGCCUAGCGGGUUAACGCCCGCCCUCUCACGUGCCACCUCCACCGCACCACCCACACCCCCGAGCGACUGGCGUAAAGGAGGGGGACAAGAUCGCGGCGUCCGUAGCCAGCCGAGGCGCGGCGGCAGCGGCAGUAGCGGAAGCAGCGACUGCUGUAGCACCAGCAGUAGCGGCGGCCGGCAGGGUAAGGGGACAGCGGGGGAAGUGGCCAUGCCGGCUCUCAAGCGCCCCGGCUCCGGCUGUAGCAAUGGUGUUGUGCUUGGAGGCGAGGAGCAGGGGAUGGUGGUGGUGUCGGCCGCUGCGGAAGCGGCGGCAGGGCCUACAGGUGCAGAGGGUGGCGUUGGCGUCGGCGCAGCGGUGCCGCCAGCGCUCUUCAGGGGAGACAGCGCAGAGGCUGAUGAGCUGUGGCCACCUGUUCCACGACCAAGCAAGGGCAGCGAGGCUCUCAAUCUGCUGUGAGGUCGUACAUCUUUUGAUGAAGAACAACGCGCGCGGGUGACAGAUACGGCGGGAAGGAUGCUGCGCGGCCGUGCAGCGGUUCUGGACCGGCUAUUCUUGUGCAGUUGUGCUGUACUAAUGAGCUUGAAAAUAAUGACAAUGUACUGCAGAGGUCUGUGGCUUUCUGAAUUCGAAGUUCUUGUGUCUGUGUUGCUUCGUUGCCGAGUACGUGAUUCAGUGAUCUGCUGUUCAGUUAUACACGCAUACACACACGCUGCAGCAUGCGCGUGAAAUACCGCAGCAAGCGGGGCCGCUGGUAGCCUAUGCGCGUCAAGGCGUAUUUUCGUAGAGAUAAUGAUCCAACUCCAUGUGCUGCUCAACUGCAGUACCGUGUACAUGCCGCCGCCAAUCUUCAAUCAUCAGAUAGCUUGUGGCGGUUAGAAAGGACACUAGAGAUGUAUAGGAGUUGUUCGCGUUAUGACGUGGAUAAAGGCAGGUUUCAGUGUGCUUGGUUCAAGUAGCGCAGAUAGGCAUGAACGCAACCAGGUCAUGCUGCUGGUGUGGGACGUGGGGAGGCGGCUGCAAGUUGCUGCAGGUGUGUGCACCUACUGAGUUUCGUCCGUGGGCAUACCGGUAUUGAAACCUAGACGAACAAGUUUGCAGCUACCGUUCUCAAUACAUUACGCCCGGGAUUCUAUCAAACCGCAGGGCCAUGCCCAACAGCCCCUCCGUACAUGUAGUAAUGACUUGCUGGUCAAGUGGGAGGGCGGUCCACGCUCGCCUGAGGUCGAAAUGGGCGGGUUUUGGCCCGCCAGCCAUGCACCCGAUGGGCGCAUGUCGGUCCGAUCGGGCCAAAGUGUGCUGGAGAGAGCAGUAACUCACUCAAUAUGUUAUUUAGAUACCCAAUAUUGCACUGGAAUGUACCCCGGGACAAAAUGCGAGGCUCUGCCGACCAGCAAUUUCGCGACCGGAGUCCCUCACACCGCCACAUUUUCAAUGCUCUAUCAUUGCCGUGUCUAUUAUUGACUAUACGGAGCACUUUGCACGGCUUUUCAAGGGCUAAACGCUGCCCUUCGUGCACGUUGUCGCGGCAUGUCGCUGCAUUUUGCGAGCUCGGCGAGCGGACAGGCCGCUCCAGGGACUAAAACAGCAAGUCAUAACAUAUAAACGUCAUGUAUAAGCAUUAGACGAGGUUUGGUCUUUGGACGGUGCGGCGUGUAUGGGCACGCCCCCGAGUGAACCCGGGUUGCAUUUACGUGGCUUCAUCGGCGAUGACAGCACUUUUCCGGUGUGUUGAAGCUUUGACGUUGUAGGUAUGCGGCGCCCAGUUGUAGGAGCCGGAUAGAGAGACACUCGACAUAUCGGAGUGGCCAGUGCUGGGGUGGCUCUGAAACCGUGGCCCGCCGUGGCGUGUCGUGGAGUGCCGAUCUCGGUAUUGGGCUUGUUGACGGUCAAGCUGAGCUUUAAG